GAUAUCGCGGAAGCUAUUCUUAUUUAUCGGUACUGAGCGAGACGCACGUCUGUCUUACGUUUAUCCGUGAUUCUGAUGUUCUGAUUUUGGCGGUUUGAAGGUGGCGGUGGACAUGGAAACGUGUGUGGUGUUACGACGUACAGGAAGCUACAUGAAUUUCCAGUCUACUGAGAAGCAAAAUAUAUUUUGUAGUGUGUUUAAAACUUCAGUACUUGUUGUAUAUGAAUUUGAUUUAGGUUAAUAAGUGUUGAAGGUAUGGUACGACACGCUGAGCAUACAAGUUCUAACUUGGAAAGGGAAUCGUGGUUGUAUUUGCAUUUUUGUAUCUUAGCCGGUACCGAUUGAAUAUUGAUUUUUAAGUGUCCGCUUAAAAUAGUCUGUUCAAAUCUAACCGUGGAAAUUCACUAUGCACAUAAUUUACUUCUGUAAGCACUUUGGAAGAGUUACACUUACCUUCUCUCAUACAUGGGAUAACCGAUUUUGGGAACGGGGUACCUGUUUUGGGGUGGUAGCACCCCGUUUAAGGGGCUGUGUUGUCAACCGCAAAUGCAGCAUAGCCCUUUUAAGGGCCACUGCAGAAGGAAAAGAGUAAACAGGUGUGGGAAUGGUGAGGUGUAAGAGGAAGUUGGCCCAAAAAUGGGGAGUUUGAAAAUCAAACUAAGGAGUUGAUGUAUCUGUUCUUGGCUCUGGCAUGGAGCCUAUGGGUUGUAUAUGGUGGCAUUCUUUUGUCUCCUGAAUUAAGCAUAUGUAAAGUAGUCUGAGGCUGGGCUUAUGUGGGAGCUUCCCCCCUUUUGAAGUUAUUGUGUGAGUUAAUCAUACUGGCUUUGCAGGUGUAAUGGGGAAGCUUUGAUAAUGCCACUGUAUUUCUAAAUUGGAUACAACUGUGGUGACCAGUUGAGCUUUCCAGCACAGCAGACCAUUCUGGAUGACACCUGGAGGAGCACCAGAGGCCUCUGAAUCUGAUACAUUUAUGUUACUGUUUUUUUAAUGAAUUAUGUGUUAUCUUCUCUCUUCACAGCUUCUGUGUUCCCACAUGUACUGCUGACAUGAGCUAUUUUCUCUUUAGAGAAAUUGCUAUGUGGAAAAUCCAGAAAGAAAAUUGCUAAGCUUCACAAGAUGUUGCCAGUUCAUCAUUGAGGCUCAAACUGAGGUGGACUGAUGUAACACAUGUGGUUUGGAUGCUCAGAAGCUGUGUGAAACUUGUAAAUAUGCACCAUAGAAAAUGUUUCCAACAGAAUACUUGACAAGCUGUUGUUGAGAGCUUGAUUACAAAUUAGCAAAACCACAAACAGAAAAUUCUUGAACCUGAAAGCAUGGCUAUAAUAAGAAGUAGAAGGGAAUUGUAUGUGUAGAAGAAGUAGAUGAUAAGGAAGUAAAGGGAACUAAUGUGACUAUUAACUAAUAAUUUAUUUUGUAUUCUAUUUAUUAGGUGGAAAAUUGUAAAGACAUAAUUGGCAGGUAUGGAUAAGAAUAAAAAGGGCCUUAAUUUGGAGAGCAGGGCAGCUGGAGUUACUGAGUCAUCUGCUGAAGAAAAGAAGCGUGAAUCUGGGGAUACAGAAAUUGAUAAUACAGAAUCUGUUUCAAAGUGUGAAAGUACUGAAGUUGUGGUGUCAGCUCCAGAGGUUGAGGUAACCGAAAUUGUACCAUCAGCUUCUGAAGACACACUCGCAAAAACAGAGUCAGUGUCGAUGAGAGAGAUACCACAAGUUUUGAAGCAUGGAGUGAAUAAUGGUGUAGAAUCAGGUUCUGAGAGCAAGGAAACUGAAGCAGUUACCAACUCAUUCUUUAAACCCAAGAAAGCUGAAGCAGAAUCCACUGAAAUGGUAUGGGAUGGAGAAGCAGAAGGCAGUACUUACAUUCAGGAACAGAAGACUGUAGAUAUGGAAGCUGAGGAACAGCAGGAGCCUUCAGCUAAUUCUCAGUAUAUUACAGAACCGUUACUGGAGACUCAGGUAGAAGGAAAAGUGGGCCACAAUAAUGACAGCCCAAAGGUGGAAUGCAUGGAUGUUGAAUUGAUAGAGGCUCCAGUUAUAUUUCAGGAUACUGCAGAGAAGACAUCAGUGGCACACAUUAAAGAAGUAGUCGAUGAGAAUAGUGACAGUCAAGAGAAAGAAUGCAUAUAUACUGAAGAAGCUGAUAAUGAUAGGAGUUCAGAAGAGACAUAUUGCAGUGAAUCAAGCUUCCAGAGAACUGAGUGUAAAGUGGGUCAGAACGUCAAUAUAGUACUGGAGUCUGAGAGUGAAGGUCACAUACUGUCAGAAGUAACUGGGAAUUUGGGAGUUAGCCAAGCCACCACUAUUGAUGUUGCUGAUCUUGAAGUGUCAUAUUCAGAGGGUGAUAUGUUUGCCAGUCAAAGCCAAGAGGGUUCUGAGGUUUCAGGAGAAUUAUCAGAGACAUUCACUAAUUAUGGUGACUUUGUUAAAGGAUCUGUUGAUGGGAGCCACAGUUUAAUGCAGUCAAGUACAACACUAUCAGAAGAUCCCAGCAGCAAGUUUGAAACAUCACUUACUAAGUCAGAAAGAAAACGUAAGCAUGAGGAGUCUCUCCUCAUCGGUAUAAACCGAUUGUCCAAAUUACCACGGAUUGUUGAGGAGGAGGGUGAAGGAAAGGAUAUGAAUGUUGAACAAGCAAGGUACUCCAAAGAAGGGUCUUCUCUGGGUGUUCAUUCUCUCCCUUCCUCGCCUGCAGCUUCAGCUAGUGCUGAUGAUUCAGCAAAGCAUAAAUCCAACUUACCAUUAAUGUCCCCAACGAAGGUAACCUUGAAAGAGAAAGAAGUAGAGAUUAGCCCAAAAGCAAACAAAAAAGAACGGUCAGGUUUGACUUCACCUAAGGCAAGCCGUAGACUAAUUUUUGAAACAGAAACUGAGAGACCAAAACCUCAGUUUGUCCUUAGCAGUAGUAGAAAGAUUAUUGGGAAAGUUGAAUCACAGACUCACAGAUAUGAGGAAGAGGUAAGACAGAGUGUAACUGAUGCUCUGUCUGUUCAAGGGAAUAAUGAUUCUAGUCCUGAAAUUGAAAUACUUAAUAGUAAGAAGCCAAGGCAAAGUAUUGAAGUAUUAUUUGUAAGCUCACAUUCACAUGAUUCAACAAAGAGCACUUCACAGCAUGAGGUACAUACAGGAAGGAACAGGGCCUCAGGAGGUACUGUGGAAGUGAUUGAUGUUGAUGAUAAUGCAGACAGAAAGAAAGAUAUCGACACUGAAGCAGAAGGUUCUGAUGGAGAAUUAUAUCUUCGCCUAUCACCUUCACCAUCACAGAAGCCUCUGGAUUUUGUGUGUAGGUCAGACAAGAAUAGCAGCUCUCAUUCAGUAUCAGUAAGUGGGGAUCAUACAAGCUAUUCUUCUUACAAAAGCAGUAAUGCAGAGUCCUUGAGUUCUGGUUCUCGAGGUGAGCAAGAAGUGUUAAAUACCAUGAAACAUGGUAAGAAACUUCUUUCAGGUGGUUCUAAUUCAAAAAGGUAUUCUGUGUAUACAAUUCAGGAAGAAGACACAGAAGAAGAGCUUGAAAAGGCUUCACAAGUCCAGAGCAAUGGAAGCUCUACAAAUUCUGGGUAUACUAAUGGCUCUUGUGACAUGGCAAAGAAGAAGCUAAGUAAGCUGCAUUCUCUGACUACAGCAAAUUCUCAUGAAGUUUCACUUCAUAUUGAUGAUUCUGGUACAAGCUUUGGCAGAGUGAAAGCUGGAGCACAGGUAGCAUUGGCAGAACCAAGCCAGUUUGUGGGCCUAGGGCAUAGUGAGAGUCAGCUCACAACUUCUAAAAGGAAACGAGACCAUGGGAAAGAAGGCAUUCCAAUUGUUAGUAUAGUUGGAAGUGACAGUGAAAGUGAUGGGCAUUCCACUCCCUCAGAAGCACAGAAGAAGGCAAGGACCGCCAAUGGUGAUGUGGGAAAUGGACGCACGGAUACUCCCAGCAUUUUACAUCAGAAGCCCUCAACUCUUCUGCAGAAGGGGAUCUUAAGGCUACAUUCUACACCACAUAUGGACCAUGCAGUUACAGCAGUCAAAGAGUCCAGUGCAAGUAGCAUUGAACAGGAUUCUCUACAAGGAAAUGAAAUGGAAUGGGAGGUUGUCAUGAAAGUUAAACUGAAAUGUGUAAAGGAAAAUGACAAGGAUGUGUACAAAGUUCAGCAGUGUGAAGAUAUUACAGAAGAAUAUGCUCAUUUUACUACUAGAAGACUCUCUGAUUAUUCUUCCUCUGGUGGUUUGGCUGAUGUAUCUUCCAAGACCACUUCUCCAAGUAGUACAAUCAGUGGUCCUGCUCUGUUUCCAUUACCACCAAAUCGGAUGUCAGUAAUUUCAAUGGUAUCCAGUAGCUCAACAUCAUCGGGAGGCAGUUCUGUUGCCCAAGGAGUCACAAGACACAAGUAUGCCACAGAUGGAGGACCAUUCAUAAUGCCAAAUCACCCUGGUCCAAAGAUGUCUAGGGAUCGAUCAUUUCGAAGUGAAGAGGGCCCUAGUGGAAAUUUGCCUGGUAUUCACAGCCCUGUUAUAGAGGGUAUGGACAUUGUAGAAAAAGUUUUCAUCAGUUCCCACCCAGAGAGUUCUGAGAGAGGUCAGGGAGGAAGUGCCAGAGCUGACACAGGUGAUAGUGGAAGAAAAUCUGAUCUUCAAAAGCCAGGUGAUGAGCCUGUUUGUAGCCAAAUGAAGGAUCUCUCUGUAGUUAGGGAAACUGAUGAUGCAGUCAGUGCCAGUCCUGCAUGUAAUGAUGCAGUACCAGUUCCAGCAAAUGUCUUGAAGGAGACGCCAAAGACUACAGUAAAACCAUUAAAGGGGAGACAAAGAUCCACAAUAAAGAAAUGCUCCUUAUCACGGUCAUUUUCGAAGCAGGAUGUUGAGAGCAGGAGAGGACGACGGACACCUGCAAGGAACAAGACGCCAGUCACCUCUUCUGUAGAAGAUGUGACAACUCAGAUUCCAAAGUCAGGACUGAAGGAAAGUUCUGAUACUGUCACAAUGACCAUUCCUGGAACUCCAGAGGUUUUAUCUACAGUAUUAGAAGCCAGUCACUUGAGGCCUGGUGCUCCUGUGUUUGCAAGAUGGACAGACAAAAAAUAUUAUUCUGGCAGACUAAAAGAGAAAAGCAAGGAUGGGCGAUGGGUGGUGUUGUUUGAUGAUGGAAAAGUCAAGUCAUUAGUGGAAGAUUUUAUUAUCGUUGUGGACAGAUUGUCCAAAGGACAAUUAGUGUAUGCUUUAGUAGAAGAUGAAGAUUAUAUGUCUGGUGUUAUUGUAACUGUUCAAAAAAAACCUACUGAUAUUAUGUAUUCUGUGGAGCUGGAUGAUGGCAAUUUUGUAGCUGUGCCUCGAUCGUCAUUGUUUAUGACUGAAGACCAAGCCAAGAUUCUGAGAGAGAGUGUGUCUAUACCAGUACCUACAAAAAGCCCUCAUCAUAAGGCAGAUGUCAGUUUAGACAAUGUUUUAGAAGGGAAACGAAGCAGAAUUGGCAUCAGGGAGAUGAAGAAUAAAUUUGACUCACCUGGUAUAUCUGGUGAAUCAAAGACUGCAGCUAGGAGGAAGGUAUCUAGCCCUUCACUGACUGAAAGUGACACUGGCUCUACAAUGGAGGAUGUUGAUGGUGUGGAACGAGAGAGCAUGAGCCGUGAAAUCAAAUUACGGAAAGUCAAAGGCCAGGGUAGGAGGACUCCUAGGAAGAACUGGUGUACUUUGAUAGGUCCUAUACCUCCUGAGGGCAGCAAAAUUUUUGCUGGAAAAUUGUUUCUGUUAUCAAGCAGCGAUGUGAAACAUAAGUAUACAAGUAGGGAUGAUUCAGAAGGAACGGAUACUCAGGGUACAGACUAUGAUGAAGAUUCCCAUAAGAUUGUGUUUAGUAAAUCAUACUUAACUGAACAAAUAACAGCUGGAAGUGGAAAAUUGUGUGAUAGUUUUGAAGACAUUCCAUUAGACAAGUAUGAUUCAUGCUAUCUGAUAACUGACAGACCAAGUCAAACGGCAAAGUACAUCCUCUGCCUUGCUUAUGGAAUUCAAAUUGUUUCUUAUACGUGGAUCAUUGAAUGCUGUAUGGAGAACAUUUGUAAACCAGUUACAAAUCAUCUUCUGCCAGCUGGUUGGUCACUAGAAAAACGAGAUUUCAUUACAAAAGUGAAGAGGCAUCCAUUGCUUUCUAUGAAAAUUGGAGUAGUCAGUGAUACAAAAUAUUUUCUGAAGUUCUGGGAACUAGUGUUAAAAGGAGCAGGUGCAAGUGUGUUUGGUAUUACUCAGGAAACAAGUGUAAAAGAAUUAGGAGGUCUAGAAGUGGUGGUCUCCAACCGUUCUUGUCCAGUUGAUAUUCAGGAACAGUUAAGGGAAGCGGGAAAACAUCUUGUGUCUACAGAAUGGAUUGUACAGUGUCUUAUAAAUGGGACCACAUGCCCCUUCACAUGACGUCUCUAUCACAUGGGAUAGGGUGUAAAUGGAGUGACUGGACUGCAGCAUUAGUACAAAAUGACACAUGUAAUAGUAGCACACAUCUGUGAAGCCAGCUUGUUCUGAGGAUGAACUGAAAUUAUAUUUCUUAGCAGAUAGUAUCAGUUCCGUUUUAUUACUUUUAUUGAGUAAAACUGUGUGUGUGUAGUUUGGAACAUUGUCCAUUGUAAUUGUAAUUGAAUGAUGUUUCAGAACGAGAAUGUACACUUCAUAUUCAGCUGGUACAUUUCAGUACAUUUUUUAUUUAUUUAUUCUCUGUUCUGUAUUUACAGAUUUGUACAUUACAGGAAAAAUAAAUGCUCUUCUUGAAAGUUUGUCUUGUGAUUAGUGUGCAUAUUUUUCCUUAUGUGGAUCUGGUUUGAGACUUGGUUUUUUCAGUGUCUGAUAUACAGUGGACAGUUUUAUAUUUUGUAUUUUCUUUGUAAUAAUAUCCUUUUCAGUGCAUGGGUAAUAUAUACAUUAUAUGCUAAUUUCUUGCUGACUCUGUAUUUUAUGUCUGUAGUGAUCUCCUUAGUGGACAUGCAGAUUGGUAAGGACAUUGCAGGGAUAACUGCUAUAAUUUUGGGCUUAUUAAACACCACUUUUUACAAGAUCUACAUUAUCCAUCCUAAUAAUAUUCCCAAUGUAUUUCAGCUGGGUAGUUCUGGUUAUAUUGAUCAUUUAUGCGAUUAAGAUUUGAAUGCAAGUUUUCAUUGUAACUUUUCUACUGCUGUCUUACUUUUCUUUAUACAGCACCUCUUUUUGAAAAAUAAAAAGGCAGUUUACAUCUCCUUUGGUCAGGAUCAAGUAUUCAGGAGAGUGUAUAUCAGAACAAAAUUUAAACAAUUAACAAAAACAUGAUGAAAACUUAUUUGUAACUUACAGAUGUAUCUGGAAUUGUGUGAGUUGUCAGUUAAUGAUGUGUAACAAACAGAUCACAGUUGUAACUCAGAAUGUAAUAUGGAGGGCUGUCUCAGGUGUUUUUCAGCAUAUUUCCUAAAAAAUUUU